AUGCGAUUUCACGUUCUUGCAAUAUUCCCCCUGGCUGUUGGUGCGGUCAACAUCAUCUCCUCCAAUGAUGAUGGCUGGGCGGAAGCAGGGCAUUCAGUUGUGGUAUCUGCGCCCGCCGAGAAUCAAAGUGGCACGGGAUCAAAACAAAAAACGCCGACUACUUUGACCGACCCGUGCGAAUUUAAUAGCUGCCCAGCUGGCAGUCCGGCUGUGGGAUUUAAUGCCUCAGAUCCCCGACUGGGCUAUGUCAAUAGCUACCCCGUGACAUCGAUGAAAUACGGCAUCGAUUCGCGCGCCCCGCAAUUCUUCAGUGGACCUCCAGACUUGGCCGUCGCAGGUCCCAAUGUCGGCCGUAACAUUGGCCUCGCGGUUCACAUUUCAGGCACAGUGGGCGCCGCCACUUACGCUGCCCAUGCUGGGAUCCCUGCAAUCGCCUUCUCUGGUGGUACUGGCUCUCAGACUUCAUGGGAUAGCUCGCGACCUCACUACAGUGAUGUUUAUGCCGAUUUGGCAACUAAUUUGACCAAUCAGGUGGUUGCUACUGGCAAACCUUACCUACCAAACGAUGUCUGGCUGAAUGUCAAUUUCGGAAAAGUUUCUGACUCCAGAUGCACAAAUCCGGCCGAUUUCUCUUUCGUCCUCUCCCGCAUCAAUAUCGCAUUUCCAUUUAUUACUCCGAAUGAUGUGACCACGUGCGGCAGUUCGAGAUUGCCAACUGAACUCGAAAUAUCGCUAGCGUCUGGGUGUUAUGCAAGUGUCUCUGUUGGGAUGGCAGCAUCGAAGACCGAUGCCAACGCUACAAUGCAGGGGGCUGUUUUGAAGAAACUGAGCGAUUUGUUGACUUGUCUACCGUGA